ACAAACAUCCCUAUAAAAUCCUCGUUUGUUUCUCAACCAUAUCUUCAGGUACCCUCUCCUCUCCUCUUCCGUUCACAAACACAAAACACAAGCCUCUCUUUUUGUGUUCCAAAACUGGACAAAAACAACAACAAUGUCUCUAACUAGCAGUUCCAUAAUCCCUACCAAAUCCUUAAUCCCCUCUAACAAGCCCCAUCAUCCUUGUUUCUUCACCACCAAACCUUCCAGAUCCAUCCUCCACAUCUCCGCUGUACACUCAGCUGAUCCUUCCAAAUCACCAUCACCCAUUAAAACACCUGCAGCAACAUCCACUAAAGCAGCAACCGUUGCUCCAACAACCAAUGUGGGUACUGGGAAAUGGACUGUUGAAAGCUGGAAAUCCAAGAAGGCCUUGCAACUCCCUGAAUACCCUAACAAAGAAGAACUGGAUUCGGUUCUCAAAACCCUCGACACCUUUCCUCCGAUUGUUUUCGCUGGUGAGGCCAGGAAUUUAGAGGAGAGGCUCGCUGAGGCUGCUAUGGGCAAUGCGUUUUUGCUGCAAGGAGGUGACUGUGCUGAGAGUUUUAAAGAGUUCAAUGCUAAUAAUAUUAGGGACACUUUCAGGAUUCUUCUUCAAAUGGGUGCUGUUUUGAUGUUCGGUGGUCAAAUGCCCGUUAUCAAGGUGGGGAGGAUGGCAGGGCAGUUUGCGAAGCCAAGAUCGGAUCCACUGGAGGAAAAAAAUGGAGUGAAAUUACCAAGUUACAGAGGGGAUAAUGUGAAUGGAGAUGCUUUUGAUGAGAAGUCAAGGAUACCUGACCCACAGAGGAUGAUCAGGGCUUACUGUCAAUCAGCAGCCACUUUGAAUCUCCUCAGGGCGUUUGCUACUGGUGGUUAUGCAGCUAUGCAGAGGGUUACUCAGUGGAAUUUGGAUUUCACCGAGCACAGUGAGCAGGGAGAUAGGUACCGGGAACUUGCCCACCGGGUUGAUGAGGCCCUUGGAUUCAUGGCCGCAGCUGGUCUCACUGUUGAUCAUCCUAUCAUGACAACAACUGAGUUUUGGACAUCCCAUGAAUGCUUGCUAUUGCCAUAUGAGCAGUCACUUACUAGGCUGGAUUCAACCUCGGGUCUUUACUAUGACUGCUCAGCCCAUUUUCUCUGGGCUGGUGAGCGUACCAGGCAGCUAGGUGGUGCUCAUGUUGAGUUUUUGAGAGGAGUCGCAAAUCCCCUAGGAAUUAAGGUCAGUGAUAAGAUGGAUCCAAACGAGCUAGUUAAGCUCAUAGAGAUUUUGAAUCCUCAAAAUAAACCUGGCCGAAUAACAAUCAUUACAAGAAUGGGAGCUGAGAACAUGAGGGUGAAGCUUCCUCAUCUAAUUAGGGCUGUUCGCAGGGCAGGACAAAUUGUCACAUGGGUCAGUGAUCCUAUGCAUGGAAACACCAUAAAGGCUCCAUGUGGGCUGAAAACUCGUCCAUUUGAUGCCAUCAGGGCGGAGGUGAGAGCCUUCUUUGAUGUGCACGAGCAAGAAGGAAGCCACCCAGGAGGAGUUCAUCUUGAGAUGACUGGUCAGAAUGUGACAGAGUGCAUUGGUGGAUCACGGGCUGUGACAUUUGAUGAUUUGAGUUCACGCUACCACACCCAUUGUGAUCCCAGGCUCAAUGCUUCACAAUCUCUAGAGCUUGCAUUCAUCAUUGCAGAGCGUCUUAGAAAGAGGAGGAUUGGAUUACAACCUUCUAUUGCACCGGCAUUGCUGUAGAAUGACUGCCAAGGCGCUGCAAUAUAUUUGUUCGUUUUACCGAGUUAUUAGUGGCUGUAUUGUGUAUACUGGAAGACAUGUCAUGUAUGUUGAGUUAAUUUAUGUUGUGUUGCCUCAUGUCAUGUAUGUGAAUACUGGAGGACAAUGAUAUUUGAGACCUUGAAGAACAUGGAAAUAAAGACAGACUGCAUUUCAAAAUGA